AUGAUCAAGUCUGAAGCCCGGCUUCUUUGCCUUCUGCUGCUUCUCAGCUGCCUCUCGCUGCUGCUUUACCCCAGCCUGUUUGACCCAAAGCCCGGCCCGCCACAGCCCUGUCCGCACACUCCUCAGAAAAACAUCAGCAUCCUCCUCUGGCACUGGCCGUUUGGCCAGUCUUACAGCCUGAAAGGGGACAAAUGUCUCACAGCGUACAACAUCAGCCACUGCUUCCUGACGGACGACACUGAUGCUCUUCCCUCGGCGGAUGUGGUGGUGUUCCACCAUCAGGAGCUGAGCAGGGGGGCCUCUGCCCUCCCUCGCCAUCGCUCGGCCUGGCAGAGAUGGGUGUGGAUGUCCCUGGAGCCUCCUGUCAACAACGCCAAUCUGCGCCAGCUCAACGGCGUCUUCAACUGGACUAUGAGCUACAGGCGGGAUGCAGACAUCCCCGUCCCGUACGGGGUAACGGUGCCAGGAGUACAAAGGUUAAACGUCCAAGCUGCAACGAACCGCUCUUAUUUCGCCUGCUGGCUGGUCAGCAAAUACAGGCCCAGUCAGGCACGGGCCGGUGUUUACCAGAGUCUGAAGAGGGAAAUCCCCAUUGAAGUGUUUGGAAGGUGGAAGAAGAAUCCACUGCCAGACCACAUGCUGCUCCCCACCAUCUCCAAGUGUCUGUUCUAUCUGGCCUUUGAGAACUCAGAGGCAAGGGAUUACAUCAGCGAGAAGCUGUGGAGGAAUGCCUUCCAAUCAGGAGCCAUUCCUGUCGUCCUGGGCCCCAGCAGGGCCACCUAUGAGGCUGUGGCCCCACCCCACUCCUUCAUCCACGUGUCCGACUUCAGGAGCACAGCUGAGCUGGCCACAUAUCUGAAGCACGUGGCCGCUGACCGGCAGGUCUACGAGGGGUACCUGCAGUGGCAUCACACUCACAGCAUCAAGACCCUCACCGACUGGAGGGAGCGGCUGUGUCAGAUCUGUGCACGUUACCCCAGCCUGCCAGCCAGCAAGGUCUACCAGGACCUGGAGGGCUGGGUUCACAGCUAG